AUGGACCCAAACCAAGUGAACGUCGACCUCAGGGUCGGACGGAAGUACCGUCUCAGCAAGAAAAUCGGCUCGGGAUCGUUUGGUGAUAUCUACCUAGGCACAAACAUCAUAUCCGGCGAGGAAGUCGCAAUCAAGUUGGAAAGCAUCAGGGCCAAGCACCCGCAGUUGGAGUACGAGGCAAAAGUCUACAAGGCCUUGUGUGGCGGUGUCGGCAUACCUUUCAUCCGGUGGUACGGAACAGAAUGCGACUUCAACGCCAUGGUGAUCGACUUGUUGGGCCCCUCCUUGGAGGACCUUUUCGGCUACUGCAACAGAAAGUUUUCUCUGAAAACAGUUCUCUUGUUGGCGGACCAGCUGCUCUGCCGUAUAGAGUUCAUCCACGCCCGAAGCUUCAUCCACAGAGACAUCAAGCCCGACAACUUCUUGAUGGGCGCUGGGAAAAAGGGCUCACAGGUCAAUGUCAUUGACUUCGGCUUGGCCAAGAAGUUCAGGGACCCAAGAACCCAUCUCCACAUCCCCUACAGAGAAAACAAAAACUUGACCGGUACCGCCAGAUACGCCUCCAUCAACACCCACAUGGGUAUAGAGCAGUCCAGAAGAGACGACUUGGAGAGCUUGGGUUACGUUCUAAUCUACUUCUGCAGAGGCACCUUGCCAUGGCAGGGCUUGAAAGCCGCAACAAAAAGACAGAAGUACGACCGUAUAUUGGAGAGAAAGCUGGCAAUACCAACCGAGGUUUUGGCCAAGGGGCUCCCAAUAGAGUUCACCCACUACCUCAACUAUAUCAGAUCGCUCAGAUUCGAUGAUAAACCAGACUAUAUCUAUUUGAGAAGAAUGUUCAGAGAUUUAUUCUUGAGAGAAAAAUACGUUUAUGAUUAUAUUUUCGAUUGGACAAUCUACAAAUUCACUGUACAAAACCAGAGUCAUCACCAUCAACAGCAGCAGCAGCAACAAAAGGCUAUCGAAGAAAAAAACAAGUCCACCCCUCAACAGCAGCAACAACAACAGUUCCAAAACCAAGCCGACCAACAGCCUCAAGCAGACCAGAACCAAAAUAGUUACUACUACAUGCAACAGCAACAACAGUCGAAAAACCCGGUCCAAAUUCAGCAAUCACAGGUUCCUAACCCAAUAAACCCUCAAACCGCCCAAAACCAGAGCUCGCAAUCUAACGUCAAUAACAGCAACCCCGCUUGGUUAUGA